AUGUCUCAUUCAGGUGCCGCUACAUAUAAGAAAGUGGCAGGGAUCAUCACUAUUGAUGAAGAUAUGUCCCCUGCUGAAAUGACUUGGAGAUCUACCUCUGGGGAUAAAACUCAUACUAUCGUAUUGGAUACUAUAGAUAAAUUACAAGCUACGCCAGCUACAAGUGAAAAAAUGAUGUUAAGACUGAUUGGGAAAUCUCGAGAUGAAGAAAAUGAAGAUGAUCCAAGCAAGAAACAAAAAACUAAUGAUGGAGAACCCAUUAAUACAUCAACUGUAAAACCUAUUACUCAUAUGUUUUCAUUUAAUAAUAGAGAAGUGAUGGAUAAUAUUAAAAUAACUUUACAACAAAUUAUAUCAAGAUAUAAAGACCAGGAAAUUUAUGAUGAGAGAAGGAAACAUGAUCAAUCUUUGGAAGCACAAACAACAGUAGCUGUACCAUUAAUUAAUACCGCUCAAUUGGAUGAUUCGUUGUCAAGGGGUAAAUUAUUAGUAAAUUUGAAAUUACAACAAUCUCUAUUGAGACAUGAUAAAGCAUUAAUGAAAGCAUUUCAAGAGACUGUAAUGAAUUCAGGUUUACCUCCAGAAGAAUUUUGGUCUACUCGUGUACCUUUAUUAAGAACAUUUGCCUUAUCAACUUCACAACGUGUAGGUCCCUAUAACGUUUUAUCCACAAUCAAACCAGUUGCAUCUUCAGAGAAUAAAGUUAAUGUGAAUCUAUCUAGAGAAAAAAUUGUUUCAAUCUUUCAAAAUUAUCCAAUUGUGAAAAAGGCUUAUGAUGAUAACGUACCGAAGAAUUUCAAAGAACAAGAAUUUUGGGCAAGAUUUUUCUCUUCAAAAUUAUUUAGAAAGCUUAGAGGUGAAAAAUUGAUGCAAAGUGAUAGAGGUGAUGUUAUCAUUGAUAGAUACAUUAAUUUAGAUCAAGAAUAUGAUCGAAUGGAAGAUGAAAAAUUAACACAUCCUGUGAAAAAGUUUAUUGAUAUUGAUGGGAAUGAAGAAGAUGAUCCAGUUAAAUUUGGUCAUAGACCACAUUUUACAAUGAGACCAGGUUUAGAUGUUAAUGGGAAUAGUGAUGGUACUAUAGAUAUCUUAAAGGGGAUGAAUAGAUUAAGUGAAAAAAUGGUUGCUGCAUUGGAGAAUGAAUAUUCCAGAGCAAAAUUACAAGAGGAUUCACCAGAUGAAGAAGAAAAAGAAUCAUUAAAUAUUACAGAUUUACAACCUAGUUAUACAUCUUCAUAUGCAAUUGUUCAUUUGAAGACCAAAGAUUCGAAUAGCCAGCAUUCACAAAAAGAUGGCGAUAAAAAUUCCACAAAAGCGGAUGCUUCAAUGGCAACUGUAGUAACGCAGGAUAUGAUUUCAUCUAACAUUAAGGAUGUUGUCGACGCAUUGUCAACAGAUAUGGAUCUCAGUCGAAUCCUUCCAAAUAAAGAGACUAGUAUUGCAGUAAACAAAGAAGUUAUCUCUGCUGUAAAAAUUAACGCCAAACAAGCAAAACACAACAAUGUUGAUCCCAUACUAGGUACUUUUGUAAAUAAUGUAUUGAGUGAAACGGAUGCCAAAUCAGAUUUACCACCUGAAUUGAUUGAGAGUUGUAGGAUAUUGCACACAACUUGCUGUGAAUUUUUAAGACAUUUCUAUAUUCAUUUUCAAAGUGGAGACUUCAAACAGGCAACAAAGGUUAACAAACUUUACAAACAUUUAAAAAAUUGCAUUGAAAAAUUGCAUGAGCUAUUAUCGGAUGUCAAAAAGGGAGAUGGGGAAGAAAUCGCAGCUACUUGUACUGCAUAUUUGAAACCAACAUUGAACUCCAUAACAUAUGCCGUCGAAAGAUAUGACAGGGCAUUUAGUGAUGUGAACAAAGAGGCUAUAUCAUCAAAAUAA